GCAUUGGAGUGGGCGUGGCUGAAUACCCACAUGGUCAUGGUGUAGCUACAUGUACAUUGCAGAGAAUCGCUCUCUUGUUCAGUUCUUACCGCUAGCUAGCUCAAGCUACGCACCCGUUCACCGUUCAAGAUGAGCCAGAUGCCUAAUGUGCUGUCAGUGUCAACCUCUGGGAGCGAGUCUGGAGAUGAUGAGAAUGUGGGGGAGCUGGAGGAGCAAGACACCUUUAGUCCUCCGCCCUCACCCGUCAAAUCCAAACCAGUUGAGCGAGAGAGGAUACCGUCGGAAAAAAUGAAGAAAAGACGAACCAUUUACACAGCAGGUCGUCCCCCGUGGUACAACUCUCAGGGUGAGAUCAUGGGGACGUUUGUGAUUGGUCUCGCCGGGGGCAGUGCUAGUGGGAAGACGACGGUGGCCUGCCGUGUGAUAGAGAGUCUUAAGGUGCCCUGGGUGAGCCUGCUCUCCAUGGACUCAUUCUACAAGGUGCUCACACCCUCCCAACACGAGGCAGCUGCCAAGAACGAAUACAACUUUGAUCAUCCAGAUUCCAUUGAUUUCGAGCUGCUCAUUGAGACCCUGGCCAAGUUGAAAGAAGGAAAACAUGUUGAAGUUCCUUUCUAUGAUUUUUCAACCCAUCGCAGGGCUAAAUACACUAAAACAAUGUAUGGGGCAAACGUCAUCAUCUUUGAGGGUAUUUUAGCGUUUGCUAACAAGGAGCUGCUCAAUCUGAUGGACUUGAAAGUGUUUGUGGAUACUGACUCUGACGUCAGACUAGUUAGAAGAUUGAGGAGAGACAUCACUGAAAGGGGUAGAGAGUUGGAGGGUGUUCUCAAACUAUACAACAAAUUUGUCAAACCUGCUUUCCAACAGUACAUAGAGCCCACCAUGCAGCAUGCUGACAUUGUGGUACCUCAGGGAGCUGAGAAUGAGGUUGCUAUGAGACUGAUUGUUCAACAUAUUAAAAACCAGCUGAAAAAGCGUGGAUUCAAGUCCCGUUCCAAGCUCCUAAAUGGGCAGCCGAAUGGAAACAAGUUACCAGAGUCCGUUCUCAUUCUGCCUGGCAAGCCACAAGUCAAGGGAAUGCACACAGUGAUAAGGAAUAGAGACACUAAGAGAGACGAUUUUGUGUUCUACACCAACCGACUGGCGUGUCUCUUGAUAGAGCACGCACUUUCCCUCCUACCGUUUGAGGAUUGUAUGGUGGAAUCACCUCAGGGAAGUCAGUACAUGGGAAAGACAUUCCGUGGGAAAGUGUGUGGAGUGUCCAUCCUGAGGGCAGGGGAAGUGCUGGAGCCAGCUCUCCUCUCAGUCUGCAAGGACGCCACUCUCGGCAAGAUACUUAUCCAGACCAACCCCAAUACCGGAGAACCAGAGCUGCACUUUCUUCGUCUUCCCUCGAACAUUGCUGAAUUCCAUGUUGUCUUAAUGGAUGCUACUAUAGCUACUGGAGCAGCUGCCAUCAUGGCCAUACGCAUCCUACUGGACCACGAUGUGAAGGAGGAGAAUAUAAUGUUUGUGUCUAUACUGGCCUCUCGCCUGGGUGCACACUCUGUGGCCUAUGCCUUCCCUAGAGUCAACAUCGUCACCUCUGCUAUAGACGAACAGGUCAACGAAAACUUUUACAUUCUACCUGGUGUUGGUAAUUAUGGCGACAGAUACUUUGGGACUGGACUUGACUAAUGCAUGAACCCUCCAAUCUGAGAAAAACUUUUUCUAUGUACAAAAUUAUCCGUUUGUUUGGCUCAAUAAUUAUAUCUUUUUAUAAUUACGAUAAUAAUUUUGUUGUGCAAAUUCUUUUUUUUUAAGUUUCACAUGUGUAUACAUAAUUAUUGUAAAUAAAUUAUUCUGAUUCAAAUAACAUAAGAGUAAAUUUGUUGUU